AUGUUGCAUUCUUAUCAAGAGCUGACCAUUGGCAUGCAUUCUAUAUUUGCAUUCUUGUCAAGAAGCUGGCCAGGCGCCAAAUCGAGUCUAUAUUGCAUUCUUAUCAAAGAAGCUGGCCAUUGGCCCCAAAUCGAGUCUAUUUGCAUUCUUAUCAAGAAGCUGGCCAUAGGGUCACAAAUCGAUUCUAUGUUGCAUUCUUAUCAAAGAAGUAGGGCGCCAAAUCGAGUCUAUAUUUGCAUUCUUAUCAAGAAGCUGGCCAUUGGCGCCAAAUCGAUUCUAUAUUUUCAUUCUUUCAAGAAGCUGGCCAUUGGCCCAAAUCGAGUCUAUGUUGCAUUCUUAUCAAGCUGGCCAGGCGCCAAAAUCGAUUCUAUAUUUGCAUUCUUAUCAGAAGCUGGCCAUAGGCCCAAAUCAAAUCGAUUCUAUGAUGCCAAAUCGAUUCUAUGUUUAUUAUCGAAGCUGGCCAUUGGCCCCAAAUCGAGUCUAUGUUGCAUUCUUAUCAAAGAAGCUGGCCAUUGGUCCCGUCCGAGUCUAUGUUGCAUUCUUAUCAAGAAGCUGGCCAUUGGUCCCAAAUCGAUUCUAUAUUGCAUUCUUAUCAAGAAGGCCAUAGGCGCCAAAUCGAUUCUAUGUCCCCAAAUGCAUUUAAGCUGGCCAGGGGGCCAAAUCGAAAUCGAGUCUAUGUUGCAUUCUUAUCAAGAAGCUGGCCAUUGGCCCCAAAUCGAGUCUAUGUUGCAUUCUUAUCAAGAAGCUGGCCAUAGGCGCCAAUCGAUUCUAUGUUGCAUUCUUAUCAAGAAGCUGGCCAUAGGCGCCAAAUCGAGUCUAUGUUGCAUUCUUAUCAAGAAGCUGGCAUUCAUAGGCGCCAUUGGCCCCAAAUCGAGUCUAUGUUUCUUAUUCUUAUCAAAUUCUUAUCAAAAUGGCCGCCAAAUCGAGUCUAUGUUGCAUUCUUAUCAAGAAGCUGGCCAUAGGCGCCAAAUCGAUUCUAUGUUCCAUUCUUAUCAAGAAGCUGGCCAUAGGCGCCAAAUCGAGUCUAUGUUGCAUUCUUAUCAAGAAGCUGGCCAUGGCCCCAAAUCGAGUCUAUGUUCAUUCUUAUAUUGGCCCAAAUCGAUUCUAUGUUGCAUUCUUAUCAAAUGCUGGCCAUUGGCGCCAUUUAUUUAA